CAAAUGGAACAAUAGAUUGUUGUUCAUUUCUAAUUACCGAACGGCUACAUUAGUAGCUAACUUGCUAACCGGUUUGCCAUUUCUGUUAAAGUGCAUUACUGUAGCUAUGAUGAUAUUGUUGCUAACUAGCUAAAUAGUAAAGCGCCACUUUUGAAAAGGGUUAUGUCGUUUUAGCAAGCUAGCAGAUAGAUUGGCAGCAGUAAUACGAUAGUGGUUGCCAGCCUGUAUGAUCGGUUUUUGUUUGCCAGUGAUCAAACAAAUAAUAGUUAGAAUUCUAGCUAGCGACAGCACUCUGUAAUGUACAGUCAGUACUUUUUUGUGUGAAAAAAACGGCUGUAUCAAGCCAACGCUUACUGUACUGCAACGACUGUCUGGAGUUUUGGGCCAGUCAUCUGUUGACUACUUCCUGGCUUUGAAUAGUUGCCUUAAGGGCGAGAUGAACUCCUCUGCCCUUGCCCAGUCCGCCCCCAUCUUCACUAUUCUGGACCCCGGGGGGUCGGUAAAGCUGGGGGGGUCCGACAUGGAGCUGCAGAAGAUGCUGAUCGACGAGAGGAUGAGAUGUGAGAACCACAAAACCAACUACCAGACACUCAAGGCUGAACAUAACAGGCUGCAGGAUGAGUUUACACGCGUGCAAGGGGAGCUUAAGCGACUCCUCUGUGACAAGCAGACCGUCCAGGAGAAACUGCAAUUGUUGCUGGCUGAACUCAGAGGAGAGCUGCUGGACAAGACCAGGGAGCUGGAGGAGCUACGACUACAGGUGCUGACGCCUCAGCGAUUGGAGCUGUUGAAGGCACAGGUACAGCAGGAGAUGGAGGGGCCUGUCAGGGAGCGAUUCAACAAAUUGGAGGAGGAGACCGAGAAGUACAGGUCUGAGUACAACAAGCUGCGCUAUGACUACACCUUCCUCAAGUCUGAAUUUGACCACCAGAGGGAGGAGAACACUCGCAUCCUGGAGGAGAGGAAAAUCCGCUUUGAGGCUGAGGUGUCACGACUGGAGAGGGACCGAGAGGAGCUGAUGGCCCAGUAUCAGAGCACGGACCCGUCGAGGGACGGUAAACGUGUAGAGUCUCUGCUGAGGGAGAAGGCCCAGCUUCACCUACGUCUGAAAGGUCUGGAGGCCGAGGUGGCUGAGCUCCGGGCACAGAGGGACAACUCCGGCCAGCAGGCCGAGAACGUGCAAAGGAUCCAGGUCCGCCAGUUUGCAGAGUCCCAGGCAGCAGUCAAGUCGCUUGAAGCGGAGAGGCAGUCGCUGCGCCUGCAGUCAGACCGUCUGGAGAGUGAGCUGCAGCAGAGUCGUGAGCAGAACGCCCAGCUGACCGCCAGGCUUCACAAAGCCGAGCGAGAGGUCAACACCCUCAACAGCCAGAUUGAGGGCAUGAGGCACUCCCACAAGCUGGAGGUGGCCAACGUGAAGCUGGAGUCUGCCAGGGCCAAAGGGGAGGUGGAGAGGGACAGGGAUGCUCUACAUGGCCAGAUGGAAGGUCUGCAGGUCGAUGUGGAAGUGUUGAAGGGGAAUGUGGAGAGACAGAAGGAGGUGCUGGCUGAGAAGGAGAGGGAACUCGUCCGGAGGGUGCAGGCUGCUCGCGAGGAGGAGAUACGCAAAACAGCGGCCGUCCACGAGGAGAAGUUGAUGCUGGAGGAUCGUUUAGCAGAGCUGGAGAAGCAGAAAGCGCUUCAGGACGCAGCUGGCCUCACCCAGAAAGAGGAGUGGGAGGAGCGUCUCCGUGGCGCCCAGCUGGCGGAAGAGUCAGCUCGUAAGGAAUUGCAGAACCUCAGGUCUAAACUGCUACACCAGGGCUCUCAGCUGGAAGAGCUGGAGAGACAGAAGACCGAGAAUGCUGACCUGAGACAGCAGAACCAUGAGUUAGGGGUACAGCUGGGGACCUUGUCCCACUCUGAGGCUGACCUUCUGGAGACCAACCAUCGUCUGAGGGACACCCUGGAGAGGACCAGAGAGGACCUGAGAAGUGCCCGUUCACAAGCUGAGCGGACCCAACAUGAAGCCGAGAGGUUAGUGGAGGAGCGUCGUGUGGAGUGGUUGGAGGAGAAACACAAGCUGCAGGAGAGGGAAGCAGAGCUGCAGGAGAAGUACUGUCAGGCUAAGGAGAAAUUACAAAGAGCUGCGCUUGCACAGAAAAAGAGGAAGACCAUGACCGAGAACAAGGAAAAGAGGUUCCAGGAUAAGAUCCAACUCCUCGAAGCUAAGGUAGCAGAGCUGGAGCUGCAGGCUAGCACCGCCAAGAAACGUCCCUCUUACACUGAGGAGCACGCCCUCCUCAACAGGCGAUUGAAGGAGCUGCAGCGCAGGCACAGUGAGUUCAGACGCCUCCUAUUGGGUAACCAGGUGACCUCCAGCACGGGUCCCGCCCUCAUGACCUCCACCCCAGGACCAGGACUCGGCCCUAUCUCUGUCCUCGUCCCCGGAUCCGAGGGGCCCAGCCUCCACGAGGAGCAGCAUCAGAGAGAGUUGACUCUGCUUCGUCGUAGGCUGGAGGAGUUGGCGUGUUCUCAGCAACAGCAGAUGGAGGAACUGGGGCCUCCCAUGGACAGGAGCAGAGGUGCCGGCCUGCAUGGCUCUCCUCCUGAACUCUAACCUCUCCACUCUGACCCAGAGAGAUUGAACUUCUCCCUAAAAUAUUCUAAUUGAGUCGGUGAGAACUGAAAUAUUUUGUGAAAAUCAAGUUUUUACCAGCUCAAAAUUAUUGUAUAUGUAGGAUGAAAAAUAUUUCUGUAAAUAGGGCGAAUGUUUACAUUCCUUGUUGAGUUACAGGGCCAGAAUCCUUACCUGUGGACUAUCAAUGUCUAUGAAAAGAAUGAUUUCAAUGUCUAAUCCUUGACUUCCUCAGGGUUUAUUGACUGUUGUGAGAUAUUUGUAUGAAAUGUUUACACUAAGGCCAUAAUAAGGGGACUAUCACUCUUAAAAGACAUUUUGAAUAAACAAGCCAUGGUUUAUAUACAUUUUUUGUACUGUCAAGAUGUGCACCUGUUUUUGUAUUUGCAUUUCUUGCAAUUAAAUACAUUAAAAUCUUUACUGAGGUGUAGUUGUGUGAAAAACAGCGCAAUUAACAGUGCAAACUUCAAACUUAAUGGAGCACAUGACUAUAUACAUUUCAUUGUCAUUUUUAUUGUUCCAGGGUUUAUAUUCAUUUCUCUGUUCAUUGGUGGGGAAAAUAGGUCUACAUGCCAUUCAUUUUUUAUGUCCGAAUGAGUUUUAUGUCCUAAUUUUCUUUAACCAACAUAAUUGGGGUGGCUUAAGAAAUUAUUGUUCACACUGGCUUUGUACCGUGGUGGCCAAUCCCUGAUUUACUGCGACUGCCUGAAGUCUGGUAGAUAUCUACCCACUAUUUAUGUCCACUUGACAUGUUACAAAUAUCCCAAAAACGUCAAUUGUGUUGUCUCCUGUGAUGGUCCAAUGGGCUAAGUUGCUACCUGUGGUUCUGACACAACAUGGGUUCAAACCCCACCAUUUGCUUUGCAAAAACAUCAUGUGUUACUAAUACAAAAAAAACUGAUGAAACAAUUUGUAACUAUGAUGGUCCAGUGGUCUAAGUCUCUGGCAGUUGGGCUGCUGCUCAUGGUUCAAAUCCAACCUGUUGCUACUCAAUCUUUCACAACUAAACCAUAGAGUUUAUUGCAUGUGGACAUGAAUUAUAUCUUUUAUUAAAGUUGAUUUACCUAACAACCUUUGGCUGCCAUACUUCAUAUUUGCAAUGUUUGAACACAGCUGCUUUUGGACUCGCACCUUUUGAACACAACUGCU